GUGGCGGCUGCACACACACACACCCGCAGGAGCACGCUUGCACAAAAAUACAAGAACAUGUCCACGGCAGUCUCAGCCAGUCACGCACACCUGCUCGCCGUGGAGCGCUCGCUGGCCCGGCGAUGUCCACAGACUCCCAACUGCGCUUUGGAAGACUUCUAAAAGCAGCUCUUCUUUUUCCUCAUCAUCACUUUCUUCUUUUUUUUCCACGAGAGUGGAGUAUUGCGGAGUAGUGGAGCUAAGCUCCCACCUCUCGCGCCCGCCUCUCACACCUUCCACUGGCUCUCGCGCACAGCUCCAUCCAUGGAAGUCUAACUAUGGAUUACCGCUUGAUACCGCUGCUGUGUGUCGUGCUGCAAUUCACCUUCCACCCAGGCCACACCAAGCCAAGCAUCACCCCGGCGGGACCCCACCUGGUGGUCCCGCUUAACGCGCCAUUUGAGCUGCGCUGCCAGGGUGAGAAGGAGAUGCAAUGGCAGCGGGAGGAGCGGCCCAAGGUGCGGGGGGAGCGGCGGACGGAGGGCGCGUCGGCGUUGCAUGUGCCCCGUGCCCUGCCUGCCCACAUGGGCCGCUACGUCUGCCUGGAGAGGACCAGCGGCGAGCAGAAGUCCGUCUACGUCUUCGUCAAAGAUCCCGACAACCCGUUCAGAAAAUCGAUGGUGUUCAACAUCCUCACCCGCGUAGGCGACACCGCAUCCAUCCCCUGCCUGGCAACAGAUCCCAGCCUGUCCGACCUGCACCUGGAGACGUGCUCCGGGGCGGCCCUGGAACCCGGCCUGCGUUUCUCCGCCAGGCUGGAGCAAGGCAUGGUGGUCCGAAACGCACAAAAGAGCUACGAGGGCUGCUACGUGUGCACCGGCGUGCUGCGGGGGCAACACGUACGCUCGCACAACUAUCAUCUGACCGUCAAGCCAGUCCCCGAGGCGCCCCCCGUCAUCGGGAUGCAAGCCCCCGAGCGGGUCAUCCUGACCCUGAACGAGUCUCUGGCCCUCACCUGCAACACCACCAACGUCAACAGUGACAUCAAGCUCAAGUGGGUCGCCCCGCCCAGCUCGGGUGCCGUCUGGUAUCCACAGCAACCAGCAAAGGUUGACACUGCGUCGCGUAUCCGGGCGGAGCACUUUGACCACAUGCGCAGCGCCACCCUGCGCGUGGCCGCCACCGCGCUCCGCGACACCGGACGCUACAGCUGCGAGGCCGAGAACGAGAAGGGGAUCAGCGUGCGCUCCGUGUGGCUCGACGUCUACGACAAAGGUUUCAUCAACGUAACAUCAACGAGCAACAGGACCGUCCACGUGCGCUCGGGAGAUAGUUUAUCUCUGCUGGUGGAGAUGGAAGCUUACCCCAGGCCAGGCGUUUUUUCCUGGAGCUUCAUGGGUCACGAGUUGAAGAACAACAGCGACCACGUCAUCACCACGCAGAGCACGCGUGACUACAGGUACAGCAGCGAGCUGAGGUUAGUGCGACUGAAGACUUCCGAAGGCGGUGUUUACACGUUUAAAGCCGCCAACCGCGACACCUCCCUGAACGAAACCUUUACCAUCUUCGUGACCACUAAACCCGAGAUCGUGUCACACGAGGGCCCGGUGGACGGGCAGGUGCGCUGCGUGGCCGAGGGAUUCCCGGCCCCCAAGAUUGCAUGGUACUACUGCGAGCAGUACAUCAGAUGCUCCCAGCAGGUGAACGCCACCAAAGAAGAAACGGACAUCAUCACCAUCACACUGUUCAGCCCCACGUUUGGUAAAACUGAGGUGGAGAGCCGGGUGAAUGUCAGCCAGGGACGCUUCAGUACGCUGGAGUGCGUGGCCACCGUGGAAGGCGAGCAGGCCUACAUGCUCUUCUCCAUCAGCGAAAGAAGCAUCCCUCACAGGCUGUUCACCCCGCUGCUGAUCGGUGUGCUAUCGGCAGCCUCCGUCCUAUGCUUGAUCCUCAUCACGCUCUUCUACAAGUACAUGCAGAAACCGAAAUACCAAGUGCAGUGGAAGGUGAUCGAAGGAAUCCACGGGAACAACUACGUCUAUAUUGACCCCACCCAGCUUCCGUACGAUCACCAGUGGGAGUUUCCCAGAAACAGUCUGCGCUUCGGGAAGACGCUGGGCUCCGGCGCUUUUGGAAAAGUGGUAGAAGCUACGGCGUACGGAAUCUCCGAGGCCGACUCGGUUACCACCGUAGCGGUCAAGAUGCUUAAAUCAAGUGCUCACGCCACCGAAAAGGAGGCCCUGAUGUCCGAGCUGAAGGUUCUCAGCUACCUGGGAAACCACAUGAACAUCGUUAACCUGCUCGGAGCCUGCACCGUGGGAGGCCCCACACUGGUGAUUACAGAGUACUGCUGCUUCGGUGACCUGCUCAACUUUUUACGGAGGAAGAGGGAAUGUUUCUUCUUCUCCAAGACGGACGAAGACUGCUAUUACCGCAACGUGACGUCGGAGAGGAUUUCCGCCGGUGACAACUUCAACGGCUACAUGACCAUGAAGCCUUCUGCCGCUGGCAAGCCGCCUUCGUCCUCAUCCUCAAGCGCUGUGGAGAAGAGAAGCUCCUUCCGCAAAGGCGGUUUCCAGGGCGAAGGAGACGCCGAAGGGGAAAUGUUUGACGAUGACGGCCUGUCCCUGGACACCGAAGAUCUCCUCAGCUUUUCCUAUCAGGUGGCCAAGGGGAUGGAAUUCUUGGCUUCCAAGAAUUGCAUCCACAGAGACUUGGCGGCCAGAAACAUCCUGCUGACUCAAGGACGAGUCGCAAAGAUUUGUGAUUUCGGCUUGGCCCGAGACAUCAAUACCGACUCCAACUAUGUCGUCAAAGGCAAUGCUCGGCUGCCGGUUAAAUGGAUGUCGCCGGAGAGCAUCUUCGAGUGCGUGUACACGUUUGAGAGUGACGUGUGGUCGUACGGCAUUCUCCUGUGGGAGAUUUUCUCUCUAGGAAGCAGUCCUUAUCCCGGAAUGCCCGUGGACGCCAAGUUCUACAAACUGAUUAAAGAAGGAUACAGGCUGGACUCUCCUGAGUUUGCGCCUUGUGAAAUGUAUCACAUCAUGCGGUCCUGCUGGGACGCCAACCCCUUCCAGAGGCCCUCCUUCAGGAAGGUGGUGGAGAGAAUUGAGCAGCAACUGUCAGAUGCUACCAAGCACAUCUAUCUGAAUUUCAGCUCCAGGAUUUCAGUGCCGCCCGGAGCUGCCAAUUCCACCAUCACCACCAUGGAGGAGAACGACGAGGAGGAGCCGAGCAUUGCGAACAUGGCGUUCCAGCUCAGCUCAAACGGCGGCGGCGCUCCGACGCAGCCCUUACUGGCCCGGCAGGAGGUUUCUCUGGAAGGCACAGGUUUUGGAGUUCAGCGGGUUUGAGCCCCCUCUCCCCCCCUCGGCCCUCUUGGCUGUAUAAAAGAAGUGCCUCUCGUGUUCUGCUACUACAACAAAAACACUGCCACCCCUUUUACCCUAUCCUUUAAAAGACUGCCCCAUGUGGAAAAAUAUCAAUAAAUAUAUACACUGGGUGCCCCAACACUGCCGACAACACCCUUUGGGGUACUGCGGACAAAACAAAGGAAGUAGAACAUUUUGUCAUUAACUUGACUUUCAAGGGAGGACAGUUUAAAAAAUAGAUAUAUAUUACAUACUUAUGUCUGUCAUAAUGAUGGUUUUUAUCAGCUCUCUGAAGUUUUUUCCUUUUUACCAUAUUUUUCUUACCCUUAUGUCAUAUUUUGUCUGGAAAGAAAACCAAAAACAAAAUUGCACUUCACGUCAUUCCACACAUCCCGUAGUGCAGCUUUAUUUGGCUUUUUGUUGUUGUUGUUUUUUUACUGUCAGUAUUACGUGUUUCAAAUGAAGGUGAUGUUUAUUCCGGGUCCAACUUUUCAAAUGGAGCGGCUGGCACACUGAUUUUUAUACGCUAUUAUUAAGACAACCCGAUCCGCUUUGAGGAGAUUGCCCAUGGUUUCACUAAAGGCUAAACGUCACGGUACGCUAUGCUACGCUAGCUUGUUUUGCUGAUAGUUGCGCUUCUUUACCAGAUGCUGGGAACACCGAGAAAGCUUUAGCGGGGCUAGCUUCGGCAACUGAACAUCAAGUGCUUAAAAAAAAUUGUGUUUCCGCCUCACUGUUUACAUGCUGGUACUGCCAUUUCCGAGAUUUAUUAUAUAUAUUUUUUUUUUUGGUGAUCACCCGGAAAACAAAAUAGCUAGCUGUUUGGGACUUGCCAUUCAAUGAACUGGAACCCAUCAUUGCUCCCCUGCCACACGUUCCUUUUCCACAUUCUCCUCUUUGAGUCCAGAUGUUCCCUCCGCAACGAUGCAGUUCCGAUGUUCCUGCCGGGAAAAGUGUUCUCUUGGUGUCUACGAACAUAUGUUUUUGGUGGAGUGUGUGCCUGCUUCUGUGAAUGAUUAAAAAAGAAUUGUAUAAUAAUAAUUAUCCAUUCAUUAUCCAAACUGCUAAUUAUUAUUAUUGACAUUUUAUUGUUAGGUGCGGCACUAUAAUUUAUCCUUAUCCCUGCGUUUACGUGACAUUGACGUUUGGCUUCGGCGACACGGUAAACCGAAACGACAAACUAGCCGACGUGAACGCCUGAAAAUAUUUCUAAUUGUACAUGUGCACAGUUUAGAUUGUGAACAUGCUACAAACGAUGACAACACAUAUCUUUAUCUCACAACAAUAUUGUUAAAAAUAAAUGGCUUACUAAUCAACUGAUUUCAAGAAAUGCACAGGUGUAUGGAAGAACAGUGCCUCUGCUGGUCGUAGCCAAGUAGUGCAACAAUGAAGCGCAUACACUUAGUUGAAUAACUGAUUCGUCGAUAACUAAACCCAUACCUAGUGAAACGAUUUGAAAAUCAGUUUCAGGUGGAAGCUUUUUUUCAUCCAAAUGCUAAAAAACGGCUAAAGCAACCGGCUACUGUGCAGUGUUUCUUUACUACGUGACAUCACCAAAACACAUUUCUAUCACAGCAUCGCUGCUCUCUUUGCUCCACAUUGUGUAAAUAUACUUUUCAAUUUGCGUUUUUUUUGUUAAGUCAUAUCAGAAUGGGACCAUCUUAAUAAAUACGCGGUACACAUAACAUAUAGGAAAUGUUUAAAUGCUGGAUUUCUCUGCGUGUACUGUAUACUUUGUCGCCUCGGUAACGGAGAAUCAUCCAACUCCUUUGUACAAUGCAUUUCUCAUUUGACGAAGUAUAAGAAAUAAUCGGACCAUACACACACGCGUAUAUGUAUCUCACUGGACUUCCAUCCAUCGUUGGUAUUUAUUAAACCUAAAGCUUUAUUUACUGUUGCUGUGCAUAAUGGAUGUGUUACACGUGUCAAUGUAAAUAAAAAAGUCUAUAUUAAAAUAG